CGAUGAGUUAAAAAGUGAAGCAGAUAUACGUAUAAACUAACCUAGAUUUGUGCAUAAUUUAGCGCGUGAAAGAUUAAAUUAAUGCUCGAUGCUUAAGGUAUAAUGAUAACAAUCGUGAUUUGAGCAAUCGUCAUUUUAUGAAUCCUCACGUUUUAGCUUUUAUCAUAAAAAUUCCAUUAAUUGGGUCGUCCAACUUUGUGUGGCCGGUGAUUCAACUGUCAUAUCGUCUUACAGAUUAGAUUAGGAGUGUAAAGGAUUCCAGUGAUUGAUUUAAUGGAUCAUGGCUGUCUUUAAACCAAGACAAAUCUGUUUAUUGCAAACAGUUGGACUGUUCAGAUAACGCAGAGUUUUGUCAAAUUAGACAAAACAUAGAAAUAAUGUCUUUCAGAAUACGUUUAACUCGCAGUAGACCAAUGAGACUUUUGGGUAGCGUCGCCAUGAAGUGUUGGGCUUUUAGUGGAGUUUAUAUCCUUGUCUGCUUCCUUUUAUAUUGGUUAUAUGGUGGGAUUUUAGCUUUCUUCUUGCUGUGCUUUGCCACAACUGGAAUACUCUACCACAGGGAAGAUCAACUUCUUUAUCAUCCAGAACUGCCGUCUCAUUCCAGAGUUUACGUGCCAGCUCCUUCAAUAUUUAAUUUACCAUACCAAAGUGUAUAUACCAGAGCUGCAGAUGGUACAAUGCUACAUAUGUUCUUUGUUUCCCAACCAGAGGAUAGAAUGAGGAAAGCACCUACGCUAUUGUUUCUUCAUGGCAAUGCUGGCAAUAUGGGCCAUCGGUUGCAAAACAUAGUGGGACUGUAUCAUAAUAUCCAGUGUAAUAUCCUAAUGUUGGAAUACCGAGGAUAUGGCCUGUCACAGGGUUCCCCGUCGGAAGAGGGUCUCUAUAUGGAUGCCCGAGCAGGAAUAGACUAUCUGUACAGCAGAACGGAUAUUAAUACUAAUGAAAUUAUAAUAUUUGGUAGAUCACUAGGCGGAGCAGUAGCAAUUGAUUUAGCGACAAAAGAAGAAAAUUCGCAGAGGAUUUGGUGCCUUAUACUCGAAAACACCUUCACUAGUAUUCCAGAUAUGGCCACCUUAUUUGUCGGAUCAAAAUUUCUACAAUAUCUACCACUUUUUGUAUAUAAAAACAAGUAUUUAUCUAUUCUGAAAGUUCGCGCAGUCACAGUGCCCACUCUGUUCAUUUCCGGUUUGGCAGACACAUUGGUGCCACCUCGCAUGAUGCAGGACCUCUACAAGAAUUGUCGGAGCACGUGCAAACGUAUACUUCCAGUCGUGGGUGGCACACAUAACGAAACCUGGUGCCAGCCGAAUUACUAUCAAAACAUUUGCACUUUUCUGACUGAACUCAGGGAAAAUCCCCCUCCAAGAGUGACGUCUAGUCAUUGGCAAAUCGAUGAUAUCUAAUGACGACACUAAUUAAGUGCGCCUAUUAUUACAAUUUUAGACAUAAGAGUCAUUUUCAUGUGUUAUAAACGUGGGAGAAUCGACUUUAUCGAAUCGAAAUUUCAUGAACGUCUUCUUCUCGUACAUUAUAGUCGCAAAGAAAUCGACCUUAUGACUCAAAGAAGAAAUUAAUAAUUACCCUUGCGUCCAAAUCAAGUUAUAAUUAAACUCAAUUAGACUAAAUAAUUUAAUUUUUUGUAAAUACAAAUCAAUUUGAAUAAUCGAUUUAAUUUAAUUAUGAUCAUUUAUAUCAAUUAGUGAUUAAAGAAAUAUUAAUUAGUACAUAUAAAAGAAAAUUAUAAACUUUGAAGAAACUUUUUUACAAUGGAAAUGUGUGAAUCAAAAAUAAAAUGUAAAUAUCUUUGAAAAUAUGAUUUAAAACUGUUAAACAAAAAGCUAUCUACCGUUAAACUUAUUUAUUAAAAUAAAUAGAAUUUUGUAACUUUACCAAAGCAUGUGUAAUUGUAAAAGUAAAAUUCUUAAUAUGUUUCUACAUUUACUAAUUAUUAUAUAUUAUUGCAAACUGUGUGGUUCCUGUUACAAUAAGUGCUAUAAUAAAAAGAUAAGAAGGGA